GACCACUGACCUAAAGGCAGAUUGAAACAAUUUGUCACAUAAUAAAGUAUUUGUUUCUUUCAUCAGGCAAUAGAGCGUGCCCCUUCACAGCUGAACUCUGAGUCUAAUGGGCAGGAGGGGUCCAGUGAGGCAGCUGAGCCGGGCCUCAGUGAGGCGGAAACCAUGGAGGUCAGAGGGAGUCGCUUCUCUAAGUCGGCUGAGGAGAGGCAGAAGAUGUUGAGGCAGAGGAAAGAAGAGAUGGUCCAGCAGGCUCGCAGGAGAUAUAUGUACAACAGUCCAGAGGAUCCGGACGUGGAUUUGCCUGAACUGGAGGAGGAAGAGGAGGAGGAAGAGGAGGACACUGGUCCAGAAUUGAACUUGACUACGUUGAGACGUAGAACCAUGGCAGCAGCUGCAGAGAGACGCAUGCAGAGUCAACAAGACCCAGAACCCUGAGGGCACAGAUUGUUUUCAGCAGGAGAGUCUACCACAUCAUCAUCAUCAUCAUCACAAGAGGCACAGACAGAGCUAUUUCAACCCUGCUCCAUUUGGUAUACAGUCAGUGGUUAUCAACUAUUCAAAACCAUCAUUAAAAAGCAUUGCUAACAUGGCCUUUGGACUGUUUCGAGCUGCCUUAAUAAGGUGGGACUAUUGUGAAUGGCCUCUGCAUUACUGAUUCCAGAGUGUUUGGAACAUUAUAUCAAUCGAUGGGUGCAAGUCAAGAAAUGCAAGGUUGCAUUGCCCUUUAUUCACGUGCCACACAUUGAACCACCAGCUUCAGCAGGGAGUCACAUUUAGGACUGGCUGUCAGAAAUGAGCAUGCUUUGCAUUCAGAGAGAAGGGGUUUGAAGGUGUCUUUACUAGGUAAAAGCUAUUUGGGUCUUUGUUUGUUUUCCUUUUAUCAGACUUUAUUUUCACUUGUUUUGCUAAUGGCGAGCAGCUACGUAUUCUGAGUGGAGAAACUCAUCUGAUGUAUUUGUGCGUUAUUAUUUUAUGGGUUUCGACUGUGAAUUAACUGUAGGCAAAAUCACAUGUUCUUAUUUCUUACCUUGGAGUAAGAGAAUGUCACUUUAGUAUUGUUCAGCCUUUCUGUCAAAUAUGAAUGUUCCUAUCAACAUAAUGCUGCAGACAAAGUGUUUUUGACCCACGUGGGUUCUGUAUUUAGGGUGAAAUAUCAUCCAUUGCAACCAGUUUUGUUAUUUAACACACAGUGGACAUGUACAUCUUAGUUUUUCUAAUACUGUUUGCUUGAGAUGCAUAGGCAACACGGGAUGUAGUAUAUUUUGUACAAGUUCUCUCAGUCUUUAACUAGCAUCUCAAAAUGGUCAGUUCUCUCUUAAUAAGAUCAUAUUAUGUUCUACUGAAUAUAACCGUGGGUCAUUUGUGUCCAUCAUUUUGGAACGAAAGUGCAAGUAGAAAUUGUUGGUCUGUGACUGCUCUACUUGCUGGAAGACUCUUUGCUACUCAUCCAAGAGGCUUUGGCAGCAGAAUUAGAAGUAAAAAGUAAUCAAGAGUCGACAACAAGUUUACUGAGCUUUGGACUUAUUGGUUCUGGAUAUUUAAUUACCUGAACGUUUUUUUGAAUGAUCGUAUCUGCCUUUGACUAAUCACAUUGAGGAAUGCUAGUUUAUAACUCGUAGUAAAGGACAUAAUCAUCCUCUGCUUAAAUAUAUUUUUAAGUAGUGCAGUUGUUACAACCCAAGAGAAUCACUUUUAUAAAAAUACCUAGAAUAACCAAAAGACAUUAAGAGUAGCUUAAUGAAUCUUUAAACAUUAUAACUAACAGUAAAGUCUACUAACAGAAGACUCAAGGUGCUGGCCAACAUGAACAUGAAGAAGGAAGACUCCGUGUGAUCUGGGCCCCCUCCCUCUAACUUAAGCCAACAAUUAAACUAAACCUAAAAUAAAUACAAUCAGUGAACACAGGAUUACAAAUUAAUAGGAAAAAUAACCACAUCACAUCAGUCCCAAAUACAAGCUGCUGCUGCUGCUGAAGGAGGAGGGUGGAAAGACACAACACGCCAUGAAUGAAAAGCAGAUGCACAUCCUUUCCAGUAUUGUCAAAUAUCACUGCAUCUGAAGUUUGUUAUCAAUGGACAUAAAAUAUGGACGCUGUGUUUGUUAUUAGUUUAAUUUUUUGUUAUAAGAGUGCAAGGGCAGUGUGAGGUGAAAUGCGCAUGAAUAAGUGCUUUUGUUUCCUUAUCCCAAAGAACAGCCCACAGACUUCCACUUAAAGCUGAAGUGUUGUGAUUUCUACUUUGUGUUUAUUUCUUUGUUUUGAAGGUGUUGUAAGAUGAUACAGUAUAGGAUUUUUGAUUUCAGAUUUCAAUUUGUCACAAUUUACAAAAAGAAGUUGGACUAUUUUGUUUAAUAUCCAUGAUAUAUUUUCCUGGUUAUCUUUCAUAACUAUUAAUGACAGAACUUUUUGGACUGAGCUUUCCUGUAUGUUUGUGCCUAAAUCAAGAUUGGUUCGGUUAUGGAUAAUUUCUGUAAAUGUAGUUUUUGUAAAAUAUGUGAAUACAAAAGACUUAAUAAACAGAGCUUCUCCAGCUUUUUAACGAAA